GGAGAGUUAGUUCGCCCUCGGCCGGCGUCGCAGGAACGAACCUUCGGACGCGCGCGCGCGCGUGUAUUUUACCCCAGUAUACUCGAAGUGGUGAGAGAGCGUUUUUUCGUAUCGCGGGAUAUGCUCGAAUUGUGAAAAUUCUGUUGUGCCCCAUAGUGAAGUGUCGGAGAUAGAAGAGCUGCGGAGACGCUGCGCUCUCCCCAGAAAAUCUCGUCGCCCCAGAGCAGCGCGCAGAGAAGGAGAGCCGCUGAAAGGGGAGAGAGAAAAGGAAUAAGAGCGAGCUGAGCGUGAGAUAAGAAAAAAAGCGCGCGGGCUACAAAGAGGCACAGUUUCGCCGCGCUGCAGCCAGUGCAGCGAUAAGAAGAAUAAAAGCCGCGAACGAAGCUGGGAAUAAUUUUAGAAGCGUAGCAGCUCUGUGAAAUUCCGCGGAUACCUACAUCCGAAUUCUAAAUCCUCUUGAAGAUUAAUUAAAAACCAGCGGCCACACUCCGAAGUAGAAGAAACAAACAAAACUGCCGUCGAGAGGAUGUUCAUCUCUGGCUGAAGAGAUGGCGCUGGAGCUGAGCCUCGAGAUCAUUGCCAACAACCGAGUGACAACAAGCCCCGAAGAAGAGCCUCGCCGUCGCCGCCUUCCUCAUCAUGCAGAAGCACACGAUGGGCAGCCAGCAGCGCAACCAGCAGAGCCCGGCCUCGUCGCCGGCUCAGCGGGCGCCGGUUCGCCGCUGGAACAGCUUCCACGGAGGCAACUACGCGACCGAGGCCGCGAACGCCGCCGCGCACCAGCAGCUCUACGGACAAGGCGGCGUCCACGGCCCGCCUGGUAUCAUGUACCAGGAGGCCUACCUGGGCUCGAGAUCCGCGGCGCCGAGACUGCCCAGAGCCGUGCAGGCCUUGAGGAGCGAGAGCGUCGAUAGAGCCCACCCCGCCAGGGUGCAACCUCCGCCUCCGCCUGCCUUUCCCAGGAGGAGGUUCUCCGUUUGUUUUGGAAAACGGACCGGUGGCAGCGCCCGAAGGCCGAACGAGUGCUUCGUCCUCGAGCCCUCCGAGAUGAUAGCCAUCGACUAUCCGGAAGUGCACAGUAGAAUGCAUCGACCUCCGCAGGCCCAUCCCAUCAGCGACCAUCGGCCGGUCAACCUGGUCUUCGAGGACACGUUUUCACAAGGCCUUACAGGCCGACCAGAGCUCUAUCAAAAAUCCAACAGAAGUAGUCACUCCAGUGACACUAGUUCAGCGUACAGUGGCUCAGACACCAUGACAUCUGUACAGAGCUCUCUGGACCAAGAUCCAGAUGAGGUUGAUCUCUCUGGUCUGCAGGAGUCUGUAGUGGACAGUGAUGAAGAGGAAGAUCUUGCCGAGAGUAUGGAUAGUCUAACUGUACGAGACACAGUCAGAGAAUGUCUUGAAAAAGAUCCUGGAGAGAGGACAGAAGACGAUAUCGAAGUUCUUCUUGACUUCACGCAGCAUCUCAAGGCCUUCACAAACAUGACUCUGGCAGUAAGACGGGCACUCUGUGCAGUAAUGGUGUUCGCAGUGGUUGAACGUGCAGGAAUGGUUGUUCUGACCGAUGGAGAAGAGCUGGACAGUUGGAGUGUCCUCAUCAAUGGAACAGUGGAAGUAGAACACAAUGGAACUGUUGAUCAGUUGCAUGUGGGAGACAGUUUCGGUAUUCUGCCCACAAUGGAGACACUCUUACACCGCGGGAUUAUGAGGACAAAGUGCGACGACUGCCAGUUCGUGUGCGUCACCCAGGUGGAUUACUACAGAAUUCAGCACCAGGGUGAAGAGAACACGAGGCGACACGAGGAAGACGGCCGUGUUAUUCUGGUCACGGAGUUGCGCGGUGCCCUGGACGGCGGGGCGCGACGCGGCCACGUCGUCAUCCGGGGCACAUCCGAUAGACUAAUGCUUCAACUAAUCGAAGAGAACAGUAUUACCGACCCGACUUACGUCGAGGAUUUCCUGCUUACGCACCGUACCUUCGUCGACAACUCGCAGUUCGUCGCUAAUCAGCUGCUAGAGUGGUUCGAGCAAGCCCAGGUCAGAGACAGGGUGGCACGCGUUGUCCUUCUGUGGGUCAACAAUCACUUCACGGACUUCGAGACCGAUCCCAUGAUGAUGGAGUUUCUCGAAAAGUUUGAGGCUUGUCUCGAGAAGGAGAAGAUGCUCGGACAACAAAGAUUGUUAAACAUUGCGUGUGCAGCCAAGGCGAGGACGCGAAACGUCGUUUUGGCACGACCAAGUCGAGACGAGGUUCUUCACUUCAGUAUCUUAGGAGGCUACGAAAAGAAAUAUGGUAUAUUUAUUUCUAAAGUAGAGAAGAAAUCGAAGGCGGAGGACGUCGGACUCAAGCGAGGUGAUCAGAUUCUCGAGGUCAACGGACAGAGCUUCGAGCACGUCAAUCACGCGAAAGCCCUGGAAAUUCUCAGAGGUUCGACGCAUCUUAGCAUCACCGUCAAAUCGAAUCUCUUAGCAUUCAAAGAAAUGCUUGCGAAGCCGGACAAUUCACCACGACAGCGCAGCCGACCAAGCAAACCCGAAAUACUUCCGAGACUGCAGACUGAUCCGCGAAUAAGGUUAUCGACUCACGUCGAUCCACUGACACCUGUUAAUCCUCUAAAUCCAAUGGUUGGCGGAGUGCCACUUCUCAUUCCAGCCGACAGUAGUAACGUCUCACCGUGCAAAGACGCGAAAAAGGAGCACAAGGGUUUCAUGACACUUGGACCCAGAAAGAGAUUCCAAAAAGCUCUCAUGAAGAUGAAUAUUUUGCCAAAGAAUAUGAUCAACGACGGAGUUCACGCGGACGAUCCUUUAGGACCACCUCACACACCUCCGGGUACCGGUCUCUCCCAGCAGUCUUCCAACCUAUACCACUCGCGCUCCAAUCCCGACCUGACCUCGCUUUACUGUUACGAUGAGCCGCGAGCGCCUGACUACCCAGAGCACGUGCUCAAGGUGUACAAGGCCGAUCAGACUUGCAAGUACCUGCUCGUACACAAAGAAACGACGGCCCAUGAGGUGGUCAUGCUUGCACUUCAGGAAUUUGGAAUCACUGAAAGUAGCUCAAACUUCUCUUUAGCUGAGGUUAGCGUUGGCGAAGGUGGUAUGAUCAAGCAGAGGCGAUUGCCUGACCAGCUGCAAAAUCUGGCCGAAAGAAUCGGUCUGAGCUCCAGGUAUUACCUAAAGACAAACGGGAUCUCGGAGACUUUAGUGGCAGAUGAACAGGCGCCCGAUCUGGUGAGGGAGUCUCAAGUGCAUUUCCUGCAAUUGAAUGCAAUCGAAGUCGCUGCUCAGUUAACUUUCCAGGAUUUCAACAUAUUCAGGCAAAUCGAAUCUACCGAAUAUGUGGACGAUCUUUUUGAAUUGAAAAGUAAAUACGGUGUGCCAAUGCUGAGCCAAUUUGCUGAAUUGGUUAACCGUGAAAUGUUUUGGGUUGUAACGGAAGUAUGCUCAGAACAUAAUAUUGUUAGGCGAAGUAAAAUCAUCAAACAAUUUAUCAAAAUAGCACGUCAAUGCAAAGAGUGUAAAAACUUCAACUCUAUGUUUGCAAUUGUCUCUGGCCUGGGUCAUGGAGCGGUUUCAAGACUCAGAGCCUCUUGGGAAAAGUUGCCAAGCAAGUACCAGAGGCUUUUUAGCGACUUGCAAGAGCUUAUGGAUCCCAGUCGAAACAUGAGCAAAUACCGACAAUUGGUUGCAAGCGAACAAACUCAGCCACCGAUCAUUCCAUUUUAUCCAGUAGUUAAGAAAGAUCUGACCUUCAUUCAUCUCGGAAACGACUCUAGGGUUGAAGGCUUAGUGAACUUUGAGAAGCUCCGAAUGAUAGCGAAGGAAGUUCGGACUCUAACGAACAUGUGCUCGUCUGCUUACGACUUGCAAACAAUGUUAGAACGAGGAGGACAGCCAUCUAGCUCUGCUAUGGUGGCUCUCAAUCAAAUGACCACGGGUAAUAAUCAAGGCGGACAAACGGCAACGGUUAAGAGGCGAAAGAAGUCUGCCGCUGCACCCAACCCAAAGAAGAUGUUCGAGGAGGCUCAAAUGGUGCGACGCGUAAAAGCUUAUCUCGCCAACAUCAAGGUCAUCUCCGAUGAAGAGAAGCUCCAUCAGUUGUCAGUUGAGUGUGAACCUCACGUGGGAGCAGUGGCCAUGGCAGCAGCAGUGCCACUCGGUGGAUCACGAGGCAGAAGACACCCGUCUCCGACUCUCUCAACGACGAGCAGCGCCAGUAGUACGAGCGAAGGAAGAAAGAGUAUACAAGGGAGUGAUUGGACAGUUCGCCCAAUUAACCGCAAUAUAAAUAUGAUUGGCACAAAGUUCGGUGCGGCAUCACCCCAAGCGGUACGUAAGAUGUUGGCUCUCUCGGACCCGCAUAAGACCCGGCCUUACCAGCCGAAACACUGUGCGGCACCGCUUCCGGUGCCCGGACUCGCUCUGCACUCAUCGGCACUGGAGCAGAGCCCUGGCGCACCUCGACGCGUCGGUUCGGGUAGCAACCGCGUACCCAUGCACGAGCGUUCACACAGCGAUACGCCCUCAGGCCUGCCACCACCGGUCGACCUCAGCGCUGAGAGUAGUAGCGUCACCAGUCUCAGCAAUCUUCAGCCGCUCAGGAAGACCUUGACCAGCGGUUCGGUGACGAGCAGUGACAGUGGUCACAGUACCCAGCUGGACAGCCACAGCGGGAGCAGCGUCGAGGCCGGCGGCAGUCCACCGCCUCCCCAGAGACGGCACUCUGCCAUGCAAGGCUCGGUAGGUCAGUUCGCGCGCGCCGCUCCGCCGUUCCCGCACGCGGUGGCGGUCCUGCCACCGCUACCCAAUCACCAUCACCAGCACCAGCUUAAGCACCGGGAAAACGAUCAUCAUUAUCAUCAUCAUCACCAUUAUCAUCAUCCACCGCCGCCGCCACCACCACCGUUACCGCCAUCACGCCAACGCCAUCAACCGGUGAAUCCCCUCAACGACGACGAGGACGCACAGGUGUCGGCCGUAUAGGACAUGCUUCCGGGCCGAGUCCCGGAUCAUCGGUCAGCCUCAAUAACCAGCGGCGAGAUUAAGCCGAGGCUGCACUCGUCGUUCGUGGUCCGCGGCCCACGAGGCGUGAGACCCACGCAUCCUGGCCAAGGUGGCCCCAGAAGAAGCCACCAGGGACCUCUCUAAGAAUGACCAAGACAGCAGUUCUCUGUGUAGGCGAUAUUAUGCCACAGUAGGGUCCACUGUAUUAGGCGUCAAACUGACGAGUGCUAUUCCUCGGACAGAGUUGGAGUGCUUCCUAAAGUUACUGCGUGUUUUUGUAUUUUUUUAAAAGACUUUUUAUGAUUGAGGCAUUGUAUUAUAUUGUAUUGUAAUUAUUAUUAUUAAUAUUAUUGUCAUGGAAUGAUACUUAUUCGAGUGAAAGUAUAUUCGAGUCAGGGGUUGAUCUUGUAAUCAGAAGCUAUUGCUUUGUUUUAAUGCGAAUCGGAUCCGUUGAGUAUUAUGAGUAUUUUAAUUCGACUGUAUGAAUACUUAGGAGGAGCACUUCAACAAUGUAGCUCGCGUGCGUUUUCGUUCUUUUUGCGAGAUUGUUCGAAUAAGGACGAAAAAGCCAUUGGUGCGAACGAGGAGUUCACUAAGAUUUGGGUUCAGUCUCAAAAGUUUAGCAUGACGAGUGACUUUCAUACGUCGCGAGCAAAUUUUUCGACAAUUAAUCAGUUGAAAUAGACAACAAAAUUCAAAAGUAAAAGAGCAUAAAAGACGGCGUUGAGAGUCGUAAGUCGUAUUAUUCUACCUACGAAGAAUGUGUAAUAAAUCAAGUCCAAAGAUGUUAAAUAUCAUUUCAGUGUCGAGUUAAGGGGAAAGAGGCGGCAUCCUGUAUAAUAUAAUUUUAGGCUAGCCCAUUUCGCAAGAUAUCUGUAGUCUGUAAGUUGGUGUAAAUAGCGUUAGACCGUAUAUUUUAGUCGUUGUUCGUGAUAAUAACCGAGUACCGAGAGACGAGGAUCGCAAUCUUUAACUUGGGAGGGCGCAUACACACAAUGAUUAAACCGAAUGAUCAGUCGAAGCAAUGGAUCGAAGUAGCUGACUGGAGAGAUUAAUAAUUCUUAACAAGAGAGAAAAAAAUAAAAAAUACGAAACCGAAACUCGCGUUAUUUCACUCCCUUCAAAGUUCAAACUAUUGUGUCGUCGAUACAAUUUAUAUAUAUAUUAUAUAUAUAUAAAGAAGAAAAGACCGAUAUCUAUAUAUAUAUAUAUAUACAAGCAUCGAUAUAAUUAUAUAAAUAAAUAAAUAUAUAUACAUAUAUAUUUCACGUAUACGUGAAAACGCGUAUCUAUGUAUAUUUUUUUCAUGCACGUUCGAAAAAGGAAGAAUGCGAGGGACAGAGUGAACGUAAGGGGAUUGACAUGCAUUGGAAACUUUUUACCAGAGCCUAAACAAAAUAAUAAUGAUAAUAUAACGGUUACUUUCUGCGCGAGGUUUGUGCGUACAUGUGGAUAGUGGAAUUUUCUUUUUUCUGUCUUUUAGUGAGGUUUGAAGGAUCCCUCAAAGGCUUGCAGUUAUAUAAAUAUAGUACAUAUAAACACAUAUGUGAAACCCGCGUAUAUUUAUAUCACAUAGAUAUAUCUAUAUCUUUCAUUGUACAUAUCGUAAAUGCGUUUUAAAAUCUGGAAAAGUAUUUCAAACUUGGAAAUUCGAACUUCAGUGUGAUUUUCGUUCUACUUAAACAAAAAAUUAAUUUGUUUAUUUAUGCUAUGGUUAUAGGCAAAUAACGUUUGAUAAAACUGAAUGUUACGAUGUAUGAACUAUAUGUUUGAGCCAAUUGCGUUAUCAUUUGAAAGCGAAAACUUUUGUGAGGCAAGAGUAUAUCUAAAGCAACGACAAAUUGCUUAACUUCUAUAGUUAAUUUUAAUAAAACUUUUGUUGCGGUCUGAUAUUAAAAUACGUAACUCUAUGUAAUGGUACCUUUGAUAAAAUCACUAAUUUAGACAAGAAAUAUGGCAUAAAUAAAACUAAAAUCAACGCUGAUGUAACGAAGCAUGAUACGAUGCCUGAUAUUUUUCGUCGUCAUUCCAAGCGCAUUUUUAUCGUUACUUUUUAAGUCUUGUCUCGAAGCCUUCUGUAUGAAGAUAUAUAUGCAUAUACAUAUACAUGUAUGUAUGUAUGUAUGUAUGCAUAUAUACGCAUACACUUUGAAUAUCAUUCGCCAAACGCUUUGCGGCGUUUGUUUUUCGAAAACAACUUUAUACACACACACACACUCUCCUUUGCGAAGCAAGCGCACAAGUCGUUGCAAGUAUUCACCGAAAAUGUAUUUUAACCUGCAAGAGAAAAUUUAAUUAAUAUUUCCAUAACUUUCUAUUUUCAAUUCUUUUCUUUUUUUACUACAACGAUAGAGAAAGAUGGGCGAAAGAAAAACGAGCAUGUGUUUGCGGAAGACUGCAAAACUAUUGUUUAUCUUAAUUCGAUCUUUCGUCAUUAACACGUUCAUUGCUCGUAGAUCGAGCGGAGAUCAAAGAGAGAAGAUAGAUUGAAACUUUCGGAAACGAGCUCUUUCUCUUUCUCUUUUUUUUAUUCUGGUUAUAUGUAGAUGAAUUUUUAAGCAUGCAUUGUCGCAACGACGAUAUGAUUUAUAUUCUUCCGUAUACAUAUAAACAUAGCGUUGACUUUUAUUUAUAUUAAAUACAUUCGGAAGCGCAUCUCCAUUGUAAUUUUCCUUCUCCUUUUUUAGGUAAUUUAUUGUUCAUUGUAAAACGCGAGGAACCGAUUUUUUUGGUAAUGUGUAGUGGUUAUAUGCGUCGUGAGAAUAGAAGAUUCGGAGAGCAAAGAGAAUAAAUCUUUUGUAUUUAAUUUGUUUAAUAAAAUUCGAAUGAUAGUACAA